UUCAUUAUCUCUUCGAAAAUAGUUUGAAAAUCUAUUGUAUAUACUUUAAAGAGACGCUUCUGAGUUCUGUUUGCUUGCAAACUUUGUCCGAGAAGUUAGAAAAGCUUGUUAUGGUGUUCAAAAGGCAGGCAUGUUGCUGCCCAAACCACGAGGCUUGGUGUGGCAGUAAGCCUUCAGAUGUGGAACAGAGGUCCCUGAGAAAGGCGAACAGAGUAGAGAAAGUUUUCUUGGAGCUAGAUGACAAAGGCAAAAAGGGCUGGUCUAGAAGCAUUUGUACAUACUGUCGACAGCGAGUCGAUUUGGAGCUUGGAAACAAACGCAUGAAAACUUCACACGAGAGCUGUAGAGAUGAAACUGCCUCAAGUUCCAGCGUGUUUUUCCAACCGGAAACCUCUGAGACCAGCGCCGCUGCUGAAGCCGCGUUAGAACCAUUCCAGGACAUUGAGGAAACCUCUGCACUAGGGCAAAUUUUGCCGUCAUCAGUUGAUGCUAUACGACUCAUGAAAGCAUCAACUAAACUAAGGGACAUAGAACUAAAGGACAUAGAACGAUGCAUUGAAGUAGAAGAUACGGCGUUUGGUGAAGCGAAGAUAUUUUUUUUAAAAAUUGUAAAAUAUAAAUAUCAGCAAUAACCCGCAAUUGUCAGUAAAAGCAGUGGAAUGCUUAUGCGGAUGCAAAAAGCUGAAAGAAAUAGUGAAUAUAAAUGCAGCCCGUCUGGAGCCAGAAGAAUUACAAUUUCUUCGCAGAAAUUUUCCGUGAGUCCUCAUGGCCUACUAUGUAUCGAAGACGGAGACCCCGAUUAUAAGCUGGACACUCUCGCAUUCAUCAAUGAGCUUAUGGAACAAACCUUGCUUGCGGCUUGUUUUAAGAAAAUAUUGUGCGUUCUGUCUGUGUCGAUGAAAUAAUAAUUAGAGGACUGCUACUACUGUGAAUUCCAGUAAACUUUAUUGCUGUAGCUUGUAUGCGAUAAUAGUUGUAUUGAGGAUCGAAUAAAGCAAAAUUGGUAACUUUAUUUAAAGGCGUGAAUCGUUUUAGUUGUCAAUCUUAACAUGAAAAUCGUUGUCAAAAUCUUUGAAAGAAAAAGAGGCUUUCUUUGGAAAGCUAAAUUCUACCGCACUAACAGGCUUUUGGAAAUGUGAGACCGUAUUUUCACACGUUUAGCCAGCGGAAUGUUUGCUUUGGCAAGAGACAAAGCGCAAAAUUGUAAUAAGUGAAGUAUAAAAAGCUAUUAGCAGAUAUCCGAAAGGGAUUUCUCCAUGCUCCGAACAUACGAUUUUAACAAAAAUGCAAAGGUUGAAAGCUUUCUUACUUCGAACCUAAGCCCCCUAAUGAAUAUGAGUGCAAGAGCACUUAUUUCAGAGAAAUGUGACUCCAAAGUUCAAAUUUGGCGGGCAGAGCGUCUUGAACCAAUAAGCAUAGCAAUAUUAAUUAGAUUAGUUAAAAA